AUGAUGAGCAAAGAGAUUACGAUAGACAUUCUUGUCAUAGGAGCUGGACCCACGGGUCUUGGAGCUGCCAAACGACUACAGCAACUGAAUUCGGCAUCUUGGCUCAUCGUUGACUCGAACGAGACGCCCGGCGGGCUUGCAUCGACCGAUGUGACGCCUGAAGGCUUCCUUUACGAUGUUGGAGGGCACGUGAUAUUCUCGCACUACAAAUACUUCGACGAUUGCCUCAACGAGGCAUUGCCUGCCUCUGAUGACUGGUACACGCACCAACGUAUUUCUUACGUGCGAUACCAGGGCCAGUGGGUUCCGUAUCCUUUCCAGAACAACAUUGCCGUCCUGCCUAAAGAGGAGCAGGUAAAGUGUCUUGAGAGCUUGAUCGACGCCGCUCUGGAUGCCCGGACUCGGUCUCCGGCGGACAAGCCGAAGAACUUUGAUGAAUGGAACAUCCGGAACGUGGGGCAGCGCUUGACGGAGAUCUUUAUGCGGCCAUACAAUUUCAAGGUUUGGGCUGUACCCACGACCAAGAUGAAUGCCACUUGGCUUGGGGAGCGUGUCGCUGCGCCUAAUGUGAAACUGUUGACCAAGAAUGCCAUUCUUAACAAGGUUGCAGGAACAUGGGGACCAAAUUCGACCUUCCGAUUUCCAGCUAGGGGAGGUACCGGUGGUAUCUGGACCGCACUCGCCGACACUCUUGAUGAUGAGAAGACUCGAUUUGGAAAGCAUGGCCAGGUCACAAAAGUCGACGCCGAUGCUAAGAAGGCGUACUUGGCAGAUGGUACCAUUAUCAACUAUCAAUUCAUGGUCUCCACCAUGGCUGUCGAUUAUCUAGCCAAGUCUAUGGACGAUCUCAAGCUUCAAGACUUGUGCAAACCCCUGUUCUACUCAUCCACCAAUGUGAUUGGAAUCGGCAUCCGUGGUGAGCGGCCUGAGCGCAUUGGAGAUAAAUGUUGGCUAUAUUUUGUCGAAGAUAACUGUCCUUUUUAUCGCGCGACCAUCUUCUCCAAUUACUCGCCCUACAACCAGCCCCAGGCUGGCAAGCUCCUCACCACCAAGCAACUUGCCAAUGGGAAGAAACCCGCGUCCUCCCAGCCUCUGCCGGGCCCUUACUGGUCCAUCAUGCUCGAAGUAUCCGAGUCAUCGUACAAGCCUGUGAACCACGACACCCUGCUCGCGGACAGCAUUCAGGGGCUCAUCAAUACCGAACUGCUCAAGCCUGAUGACGAAAUCGUCAGCACAUAUGUCCGCCGCUUCGACCACGGUUACCCUACACCUAGCGUGGAGCGUAAUGAUGCGCUCGACCAGAUCUUACCCUACCUCAAGAGUAAGGAUAUCCUAUCGCGCGGACGGUUUGGAUCUUGGAAGUACGAAGUGGGGAAUCAGGAUCACAGCUUCAUGCUGGGCGUCGAAGCUGUAGAUAACAUCGUCUCGGGCGGCGUGGAGCUCACACUACAGUAUCCUGAUUUUGUCAACACGCGUGCCAAUACAGAACGCCGCCUGGAUAGCACACAAAACUGA